CAACAACGUAGAUCCAACCCUUGCCACAUAAUACCAAAAUCUAUGAGAACAAUUUGAACUAACUCUUAUCUACAAACCAAAAUUGUCAACAAUUUGCAAUUGAUCAUCAACAAUCAAAUCAACAAAAUGAGUAUUGUUCAAGAGAAUCCCCCUAAGUCUAGUUUUAGAAAGUUCUUUCAGUCUUUAGAUGAGUGGUUUGAAUACAAACAUAAAGAUAAAUGGAUAGAAGAUAUGAAAGGUAGCAUAAGUUUAACAGCUUCCAUAAUAGCAACCAUGACAUUUUCACUUGCCACUAAUCCCCCCGGCGGCGUCGUGCAAGCUAGUCUUGAUGAUGUAAACCGACGUUGUUUGACAUCGAAUGUCACCGGAGUUCGUUUAUGUGUCGCAGAAGCUGUCUUGGGUUCUAUAGCCUCCGAUGGUUAUGUACCAUUUUUGGUAUGCAAUACAAUUUGUUUCAUUGCAGCACUUAGUGUUAUUUUCUUGCUUGUUAGUGGAAUUCCUAUGGACAAUACAUUUACAAUAUGGCUUUUAUCAACAUCGAUGUGCUUCACACUCACAUUUCUAGCUCUUACUUACAUGUUUGCUGCAAUAAUGAUCACACCUAAUUCCAUUUGGAGUUCUUAUGCCAAUGUGUUUGCCGUUCUUCUUAUUGUUUGGAUUUCCAUAGUUGUAAUUGUUCAUGGUUUUCACAUUCUUCGCUUCUUUGUGAGGCACUAUUAUAAAUGCUACAAAUGAUGAACAAUUUAUUAAUUUGUUGCAAUUAAAAUUAAUAAUGCCUCACAAAUAAGUUCCCUACUUUUCCCAUAGUUGUAACUGUUAGGGAGAGUUGGUCACUUAUUUGGAUCCCACAAGGCUCGAUGAAUUAGUUUCUACAGUUUCGCAUAGUGAUACCCAGUUUACCAAAAAAAAAAAAUUAAUAGUCAUUUCCUUGUGAUUUCAUAGUGUGUGGCUUCUUGUGAUGUACCAAAAAAAUGCUUGUUAUGAAUUAUGUAUCCGUAAAAUAUAAUCAAUUACAUGUAAUCUUAUUUGUUGUUGUCAUUUGAUGUAUGCAUUGAUCAAUUAAAAA